UGGUUGGAACGGUGGUCUCAGCUGGACGUAAACAAACACAAACUGUUUGAUAACAAAAAUGUUGUUGUCGUAAUAUUUAUUUAAUUGAGUGGCUUAUUUUAAUUGCUGGUUUUCUGGUGCUUUUUGGAAUACUGUGUGAAUAAAUAUAUUUAUAAUUGGCAAAACCAGCUAAAUGAAGGAAAUAAUCAAGAAUGAGCCACAAUUUGUUUGUAAACCCCUGGAUAGCUACAGUGAAUUAAUGCUGUUUCUGGAAAAUCCGCCGCCUUGGAGAACUUUAUGUAAAGAAAUGACGCCACAUAGUGACUAUCUAAUACGAAAUAUAGAAAUAAAUAAUAAAGAUUCUUGGUCCCUUUUGAGACCGGAAAAUUUCUGUCAUUUCGAUCCAGACUUGGAAGAUGUGAAACGGUACGAGUCUAAAAGUUUGCCGAAAACAUUAGUUUGCCAUGAUAUGGCCAAUGGAUAUCAUGAUGACAGUGUGAUAGAGGGAACAAGUAACUUUGACGCAUACACAUUCUACAACUGGGCUGGCAUUGACAUAUUCUGUUACUUCAGCCACCACCUGAUUACGAUACCUCCGGUGGGCUGGAUCAACGUUGGUCAUGCACACGGAGUCAAAGUUAUUGGCACCAUCAUCACGGAGUGGGCAGAUGGCAUCACAUUUUGGGACCAAGUGUUGGCUUCAGAGACCAAGUACCAGGAUGUGGCCAGUGCCCUCGUUGCUAUUGCUAAAAUCCUUAAGUUUGAUGGGUACCUUCUUAAUGUUGAAAACAAGAUCACGCAGCCGACGAUGCUGCUAGAGUUCGUCAAGUACUUCCACCGCAUGCUGCACGAGGAGCUGCCGCACGCUACGCUGCUGUGGUACGACAGCGUCACCGUCUCGGGGACACUCAAUUGGCAGAAUAAACUUAAUGAAAAGAAUAUGGCAUUCUUCGAGGCUUGCGAUGGGCUGUUCACGAACUACUCGUGGACGAAGGAGGACGUGGCGUCGAGCGCGGCGCUGGCGGGCAGCCGCGUCACCGACCUCUACGUCGGCAUCGACGUCUGGGGACGGAACUUCUUCGGCGGCGGCCAGUUUAACACGCAGGAGGCGGUGAAGGUGGUGCACGCGGCGGGCUGCUCGCUGGCGGUGUUCGCGCCGGCCUGGACGCACGAGAUGCUCAGCCCCGAGCAGUUCGGCACCGACUCCGACCCGGCGCCCGUGGCCAUGGGCGAGGACAUGGACCUCUACGAAAAGUUCGUGCUGCGGGACCGCGCGCUUUGGGGCAGUCUGUGGCCCUUCCUGAACACGAGGGUACCUAACCAGCUGCCCUUCCAGACCUCCUUCUGUAGGGGCCUGGGAAAGAAGCGCUUCUUGUACGGCGAGGUGCUGAACCCCUCGCCGUGGUACAACCUGCGGCACCAGCAGUACCAGCCCAACUCCGCGCACGGCCCGCACGGCUACAUCCUGACCUCCCUCGAGGGCCUCGCCACUGUGCACGAAGAGGUGCACUACAAGGAUAAGAAGGGCAUCAUCCGCAUGCGCAGCUCCUUCCUAAAGAGCCGCCAAGAGCUGCACUCCAUCAGGGACAUGCUGCCCGACACGUCCAGCUCCAGGAACAUGGAGCCGGACUCGGCCGCCGGCGCCGAGGAAGCCGCCGGCGCCGACGACGCCUCGUCCGGCCGCGACAGGGCGCAGUCCAUGAUGCAGGCGUCGGUGAGCCUGAAGCUGGGCGGCGCCGACAAGCUGCGCUUCGGGCUGGCGCGCGUGCGCGGCGAGCGGCCCUGCCUCGAGCCGUACCUGCGCGACGCCUUCUCGGGCGGCGCCAGCCUGCGCGUGAACCCGUCGGACGAGCUCUGCGCGGAGCACCGCACGACGCGCCUGCUGCACUGCGACUGGGCGUGCGAGGCCGCGCUCAUCUUCUGCGUCGUCACCAAGCAGCUGGACGGCUUCCCGGAGCAGAGCCUCAACGUGAAGCUGUGCAUGCGGAACGCGGCGGGGCAGGAGCUGGCGGUGGUGCUGACGGGGCGCGACGUGGCGGCGGGCGGCGCGCUGGGCGCGGCGGCGGCCGGCACGCGCCACGUGUACCCGCUGCGCACGGCCAGCGAAGCCGUGCUGCGCCGGCUGCGGACCUACCUCUUGCUGUCGCAGCCCGACUUCUACGUGCCCGUCGACAACCUGUUCGGCUGGACGGUCCGGUACUACGAGGUGGACGUGCCGGGGGCCCGCAUAACGUCCGUCAACCUGCGCACUGCGAUGGAGAAAGGCGGCAUCCUGCUGGGACACUUCGCAGUCUGCCCCAAGCUGUGAGUACCACGCGUGGUAGUGGUACUCACAGCUUACUCGGAGCCUAACUAUAAUGAUUAUGUUGUUCAAACAGAACAAACCAGAGUUGGAAAAAGAGUUUAGAAAUUACGGUUGAACAAACGGGAAGCAAGCCCGCCCCGAGCGUUAGCGACGGCUACAAGGACCUUUGUGUCGCUCAGUAGUUGCUAGGCCAGGCGUGCAAGCAAGCAAUCACGCGUCGUGUGCAAUAUAUAGGGGGACUGGUAAUUAGUGACCGAUAUUUAAACACGUGAUUCUACUUAGAUAAGAAACAACUUUAAGAAAACACAACUAUUGCUCUGAGAAGCGACUAAGCGGAAUGCGACCGCAUUCGCAUUGUUUUUUUUUUGACGCCCCCACCUCCUUGCGCAUUUACUUGGCCGCCUUGGUCACCAGAUCUAACUACUGGGGGUUCGCUAAAAACUGAGGCGGGCGACGUAAUUUUUAUAGCAAUAAAAAUAAAGUUAAUAAUAUAGAAAGCAAGUCUCUUUGAGAAAGUUGUUUGUUAUCAUGAGUACAAUCACGUGUUUAAAUAUCGGUCGCUAGUUACCAGUUACCUGAUACAUAUAAAGCCUGAAGUUAGUCAUUGUUACGUUAUAAUCAUCGAGUUAUGUAGGUACUACGUUUAACGAAAUUAAUCACCUUGGACUUUCUGUUUGAAGUAACGACGAUGUCAAAACGUCUAAAUUUUACUAUUUAUAUAGUUAAUGGAAGGUAGCCCGUGUAGUUAAUCAUCAAUACUGGAUUAUCUUCCAUUGCGUUAACAUAAACUCCCCAGGAAACGACAUCAUAAAUAUUUAUCACCCUACUACUCAUAACCAGUAAUCUAUACCAAAAAACUACUGAAUAGACUACCUAUAUUUAAUCCUACCUGAACACCAAUUUGACUUUAGGGAGAAGGACGGAACUGGUGAAUAAGUCCACCGAAUCGUCGAUGCAGUAAGCAAAUGUAGAGGAUCGCAAGUACUGCUCCACGGCAGUCUUAGACAUAAGGUAGGCGUUUUAUAAAUUGGCACCAGACUGUCACAUACACGAGCUGAAGAAGCAACUACCACACUCACUUAUUAAUAUGCUAAAGUCUUACCUUGACAAGUGAAGCGUUCGAGGCAAACGCGAGGUUGCUGCUCUGUAGUCUAGUACUCUGCUUUAUACGUUAGAAAAUCAGGUGUUACGCAAGGCAGUAUAUUGGGACCGACUUUUUAACCUCAUAUACAUAGCUGAACUCUCUACAACAUAUUACUUUAGUGACAAUCUUUACUGUUGAUACCACGCUGUUAUCGUCACAUACUGAUCCAGAUCCAUUACAAAAUUUCCAAAAGCACCUGUAGAAAGUACAGCCAUGGCUUAAAAUAUGGAGAAUAAGUGCAAACCAAAUCGACCCAGUUAAACUUAACGGUCGGAAAUUUCCCAAAAAUAUCACGCAAAAUACCCGGUGUUACCUGGCAGUAGCUUGUUCGUGCUAAGCGCAAACAAAUGGACGCAAACUUGUGUUGUUUUCAAUGUUUCCAGCCCUGCUAGCACUACUGUGAGUGUCGCACAAUUAAAAUUAAAUGAUCGAAACAAAAUGAUGAUAAACAGCCAGUAUGAACAACAUCAAAACCCUAUGAUUCCAGAACAAAGGAACAGAGCAAUGUUAGGGAUUCCUCGAUGUCUCAGUAACAAGUAUGUCUCACGGUAUAAAUGGUGCAACAGGUUUCCAACACGCGUCUUAAAUACCAGAGUAAACUAAAACACGCUAAAAUGAACUCGAACGCGCCUUGAAUGAUGAGGGACGCGUGCACCAUCUGAGAUUAAAACAAAAAGACAUUAGUUUAACUAUAAGGUUUAGAAACUUCAAAGAGAGAGCUAUCAGAGGGGAUCCGUUGAAUAGAGUGCACGGUGCACUCUCUUUUUUCUUACUCCCUGAACCAGUUGGGACGAUGGAUAUAUUUUGGAAGUAUCGCAGGGAGUGAAACAAGAGUACAAAGUGCAGCUCGUGAACUUACGUGCUUCAGGGUUAAGUGAUUUUAUUUGUCCCUAACACAAAUCUAUUUUAUUAUUUUCUUUCCACUUUAAUGGGACUUGGGUUCGUUUGGUUGUAUGGGGCACGGAUUUGUAACCUUAAAGGUUGUCAUUGACGAUAAGUCUGUUUGGAAUGGACAUAUGGAUUUAAAUGGGUUUGGAAAACCAGAGCUGCAAAACGUUUACUGAGAAUUGAUGGAUGCAUCAUCAACACCUUACCUUAAGCGUCUAUUUCGCCACCGACAUAAAGUUUCCGAUACACUUACGUAGCACACGUCUUGUAAGCAUGGAGAUUGUUGUAAGUAUUAGUGACAGAAAUUGUCCUCGCAUUCUACUCUCCGUUUUGGCAGGACUGGCAACGGCAAUAGUGGCGGCGGAUAAAACAGAAGGGGUGCGGGCGCGGCUCAUGAAGGCAUGCGCGUAUCUGACAACUUGCAUGCUUCCUUGCAACUUGAACCCAAUAUUUUAUAUACAUAUUACACGCGGACGCGCUGUAUACUUAUACUAAUUAUACAACAAUGUAACACUUUUAUUAUGUUAAUCAUUAUGUAUUAUCCAAAAUAUACAAUUAUAUACUAUUUUGAAUA